AGUUGUUGGUGUCUGGAUAUUAUAUGUGCUGUUUUCUAUUUUCGCCAAAUUUUCAAGUUUUUGAAUUGUUCUAAUUUAUGUAAACUAUAUUUUUAGUAAAACCUACAAUUAUGGCGACGUAUAGCAACCAACAUUGGUUGCUUUCCCACAUACGAAAUUCCUUUAUUUCAACCGACGAUACGGGAAUGUGUGAGACUGUGAUGUUAAGUGAUGAUAUGCCCAAGCACUUUUUGCGCAAAUAUCAAUUACCGAAUAAUAUCGUCAAUCAAAAUAGAGCGCAGAACAGAAAAUCGGUUGGAAAUAAACAACAAUUUCAACGCAUGCUAGAUCCGGCAUUGCAAGAAGUAGACUUUGUGUGCUAUCCGGGUCUAGACCAAAGUGAUGAUGAAGAUAUGGACCUAUCCACACAGUCAUUUGAAAUUCAAAUGUACCCAGAAAUCGGGGCGCAUAGGUUUCGUUCAAAUACUGCAGCGAAGCUGGAAAAAAUGGACAUAGCUCGUCGAAAGGCGGCGAAAACAAAGUCUGUAAAUUACGAUGACGACAUUGUGCCACCAGAGCGGAAUGAUUUUUUCGUUAAAAAAAAAGUGAAUCAAGUUGUGGUUCAGAAGACAAACAAUCAUGAAAACAAUGGCAGAGAUAUUGAUGUGACCGACGACUCUGGUGGGGGUACGGCUAAAACUGCACGAACAAUAAAAAGCAAGCUAGCACUGCAGUUGGCAAAUAGUCCUAAGCAAGCACAAAACAAAUUCAUGGAAUACGCACGUUUCGAUGGCACUUCUCAGACAGGCAUUCAAACAAAACGUAUACACGUCUUCUUAAGUAUGUUACCCGAACGGGAGCGCAAUUACCCUAUAAAAAUAUGUGUAUUGGCAAGUGCCAAAAUUAUUGAGGUGAUUGGGCUCGUUUGUUAUAAAGCAACAAUACAAUUUCCGGAUAUUCCAUUGAAAUCAAUUCGUCAUUAUGCGCUGUACAUGACUGAAGAUAAUGAUGAUAUGGCCGACUUUCCUCCACUCGACAAUAGAGAACCCUGUUCGAAGUUCGGAUUUUCUCAUCUUACCUUAGCUGAGCGCCGGCCAUUAGCUCAGGUAACACGUAUCGACUACGCCAAUAAUGCGGCAACAAAAUCAAUGACCUCUGAGGAAGACAAAGCAAGACUGGCAGCUGCAGCUGUACGCUCGCUGCAAGGCAUCGAACUUAAUGGCGGUGGAGAUGGAGACGAAGAGGAUUCCAAUGGUGCUACUGUAAGCAACAAUGAUGAUUAUGAAGAGCGCAUGAUGAGUCAUAAUGACAUGCUGGAAGCGCCUAUGUAUCGCACAUAUCGUUUAAAUAUAAUCGGUAAACCUUUCUUCAAAACGGAGGUAACACUUGGCAUUUCGGGAGAGCGUAUUGAAAUUGAUCAACACAAGAACGCAAAAUUUUGGACUAAACAAAAAGCAGUCACCUACCCUAUUGAUGUCAUUGCAGCUUGUGAAAUCGUCGAACGACGACAUUUAAAAGCAACCCUCCGCAUAUGGUUAAAGUCGUCCUCUUCAUCAUCAUCUGCCAAUAGUAACAAAACGUCUGCUGAUAUGAAAUUAACAACUCAUGUUUCUGAAAGUGGGGGUAGCGGUGCCACAGCAGCGCCACAUUCCCCUACCAGCCCCGGUCAUUAUCUGCACGUUCAUUCACCCUUUGGUCUCUUCUCAACUUCCUCUAGCAGUACUGGUAGUGCCUCAGGCCAUCAUUACUCUCACAUGCGUUUUAAACAUUACGAUUUCGAAGCUGACACCCACACUGCUGAACACAUUCUUAACAAAUUAAAUUGCAUACUAAAGGUGAGAUCCAGUGAAGUGCGGCGUGAGUUUCUGCAGUCGAGGGAACGCAAGCAAGAAAAAAACCAGGCAAAGAAACAAUUAAAAAUGUAGUAUCUGCGCUUAUAUUGGCAUUGUUUUCGUGUGAUGUUGGACUCCUAUGCGAUCGAAAACUGCAAGCAGAACUCGAUGUUUUCCUUAUUCAAGUCGGCAAAUGCACGUUUUGAUUGAUCGUGGCGUAUUUAUACUACCGACGGUCGUGAAUGGAAUUUAUGAUGUAUUAUUUAAAGCGAGUUUAGGUUAUUUAAAAUUAGAAGAAAAAAACUGAAAUGUUGCUACAACGUUAAAAAUGUAUCAUCAUUUGAUGAUGCAAACUUAUUAAAAAUUAAUUACUGCAAUAAGCGUUAUAAGAAAAAUGGAUUAUGUAUUUGAUUAUGAUUACGGACUGCAUAAAGGCUCGAUUAUAUUGUACUCAAGAUAGAACAAAAAUAGAAGCCAGCUUCGGGCACAAAUUUAUA